CCAGCUCCCGGUACCGGUAUAAACCUCGAGCAAGGCCUCGCCGCAGCCGGCGACCAAGCUAUGGUGUUCCCGUUCCCCUCCCUCGCCGGCCUCCUCCCGCGCCGCGCGCUGCUCGCGUACGCGGCCACGUGGACGGCGGUCGCGGUCACGGCCGUGGCCGUGGCCGCGUUCGCGCCGGAGCUCGCCUUCGUCUGGGCGGUCAGGCCCGGGACCCCGCUGUCGAGGGCGUGCCAGGGCGGUGGCGAGGGUUUCGGCGUCGGCCUGCCGCUCGACGGGCCGCCGUGGGACGUCGUCUGCGUGCCCGCCGGCAUGUUCGGCCGGGCCAGGCCCGACGUCGUCGUCCCGCUCGUCUUCGCCAUCGUCGUGGUCACCGCCGCCGUCUGGUUCACCACGGCCGUCGGGGUGUGGGAGGAUAAUCACGACGAGGAGCCGGCGUCUUUGGAACAUGUGUAGGCUGUGUGAUUCUCGGUCCGUUUUCUUUCUUUCUUUUUUUGGAAAGGAGAUUCUAGAUUCGUUUGCAUGAAUCAGAAAUAUUUCUGGUGUACAUAUACGAAUCUUGGAUCUUCCUUCUAUAGUUUCCGAUGUUUUCAAUAUGGAUUCAGAAUGUAGCAACACACCAUAUGUCAUCAGAAUUCAGACACCAAAGCAAUAAAAAAAUUA